UUAGUCACUAGGGAGAGACCUUUCAACAAGGAAAACAGCUGGUUGACUCCGGGUCCAACAGCAGUCAAACAGGCAGGGGCAGCCAGCCGCAGUUAUCCUCAUCAACCGCACGCCGGUCUGCGGAUCACAUCGUCCACGGGAUGGAUAACGACAUCGCCGAACCGGACCCAUCCCGGCAGCACAAUGGUGUCGUGGAAGGGCUUUAUGGAGAAUUCACGGACUCGCUCAACGCAAAGGUCAGAUAUUCUGUCAGUUUGACUGAGAGUGCUCUCACUAUUCAAAAGAUCUCAUCGUCACCUGGACAGGAUGAGGUGGUUUUCCAUUUAGCUGACUGUCUUGGCUGCCGGGCUUAUAAAGUGGAGGACGAAGCUGACGUUGGGGCGUUCUUUACAGCCUAUUUCUACCCGUUCAAGAGGCGAUGGAUAAGUACAGGCAUGACCCGGCAGAAAGUAGAGCAGUGCUUUCGGGUCGCACUGGUCCAGGACCCUCUCACCAAUCUUCAAGAGGCAGAGAGAUGGGCGCGUGCCAUCAGAGAGGCUUCUAUCCGCCAGAUACCCCGACGACAUGAUGUGAAGUACUAUGAGGUACGGCGGCCCUGCAGGGUCAUGGUUCUGGUGAACCCCCAGAGUGGGCGGGGCCAGGCUCUCCAGCUUUUCUCUGGGCAAAUCGAGCCCAUGCUCACCGAGGCUUCAGUCCCCUACACACUGGUCAUCACUGAGCACCAGAACCAUGCGAGGGACCUGGUGAGAGAGACUGAUCUGUCACAGUGGGACGCUCUGGUCAUCCUGUCAGGAGACGGGCUGCUGUUCGAGGUGUUGAAUGGUCUUCUGGAGAGAGAGGACUGGGAGGAGGCCAUCCAGACCCCAUUGGGCAUCUUACCAGGGGGCUCGGGCAACGCCCUGGCAGCCUCCGUCCACCACUACACUAAGUCUCCCCCGGCCUGGGGUAAGGAGCUGCUGCUGAGCUGUGGCUUCCUGCUGUGUAAAGGCCUGGUGACUCGGCUGGACCUGGUCUCUGUCCACCUGGCCUCCAGCCAGCGCAUCUUCUCCUUCCUCUCCCUGGCCUGGGGCUUCGUGGCCGACGUCGACAUCGAGAGCGAGAAGUACCGCCUCGUUGGCCCCAUGCGAUUCCUGGUGGGUACGCUGAUGCGCCUGGCCUCCCUCAAGGUAUAUCAGGGUAGGCUGGCAUACCUGCCUGCUCCUCCCUUCACACCCCAAAACUCCUCCCUCUGCUCCUCUCUACCCUGUGGGCCCAACAACUCCCCCAAUCAGAACUCUCGCCACAACCACAGCACAAACUCCAACCACAACACCGCCCACAACUCCUCCAACAUUGCCAUCACAACCAUGAGGACCGAGCCCCAACCAGUCAACCAGAAGGGGCCUCCUGACUCGCUCCUACCAGCCUUAGAGCAGCCGGUGCCUGAUCAUUGGACAGUAGUGAAUGAGGAAGACUUUGUACUGGUAUUGGCCAUGUUCCAGUCCCACUUGGCUGAGGACCUGUUUGCCGCCCCUGGGGCCGCAGCAGACGACGGCUUCAUCCACCUGUUGUACGUGCGUGCAGGCAUCUCCAGGCUAGCCCUGCUCACACUCUUCAUGACCAUGGAGAAGGGGGGCCACCUGGCUAUCGGCUGCCCACACCUUGUGUAUGAGAGGGUGAAGGCCUUUCGCCUGGAGCCUCUGUCCCCCGAGGGAGCGAUCACUGUGGACGGGGAGAUGGUGGAGUACGGGCCAGUACAGGCCCAGGUUCAUGAAGGAAUCGCCAGGCUCAUCUCAGGCUGAGAAUCUACUCGGAGAGUCUGUCCUCCCCACAGCUCUGACUUCUCACUCCCUUUCUUACUCUGUCUACUGUAUAUACAAAGUGCCAAAGACAUUAUAUCAGCCUUUGGAAAAUCCCCCCUCUUUUUUUCUACAGAUAUAGAUACUGAAUGUAUCUGUGUCCUGUUGUUUAGAGAUCCUCCAUUUCCUCUCCAUGCUUCAUUCAGGGUCAAAGCCAUGGGUGUUCUUGCAGCUGGCUGGUCUCAGCUAAGAGUGUGUGUGUAUGAUAGUGUGUUGUGAGCGGUGUGUUUAGUAGGGAGGGGCCCAUGGCUGAGGAGUACCUUGUGUGCACCGCUGUCUGACUUAAUAAGUGUGACACACGUGAAGAGAAUCACAUUCUUCUGUCCCGCGAGGAUGUGGCAGGCAACCAGCUCUACGCCCGCUAUCUAGCCCCGGGGUAAUCAUUCUGUGGAGGAUGAGACACGGGCCUGACAUGAAGAUCUUCCCACCUCAUGAUAUACUGUUCGAGUCAUGGAUGUAGGUUCUCUAUGGAGAAGCACAACGUUGGAGAAUGCAGCAUUGUGGACCUCCACCAAUGAUAUUAGGUUACUCUUCUCUCUCUCAUCAGUGAAAACCUCCACUUUACCUCUUCGUUUAAUGGAUGGGGUGGAAGGGGUUAGGUGCUAGUGAGGUCGUGUUCAAGCAGCGUGGAGGUUCAGGAACCUGGCCAGAGGUUGUUGAGGUUGCCUUCUUAUAUAUCUUGCCUGUCUCCUACCCUGCUGCUGCUGCAGCUCUAGCCAACAUGCUUCUUGCUGCUGCUGCAGCUCUAGCCAACAUGCUUCUUGCUGCUGCUGCAGCUCUAGCCAACAUGCUUCUUGCUGCUGCUGCAGCUCUAGCCAACAUGCUUCUUGCUGCUGCUGCAGCUCUAGCCAACAUGCUUCCUGCUGCUGCUGCAGCUCUAGCCAACAUGCUUCUUGCUGCUGCUGCAGCUCUAGCCAACAUGCUUCUUACUGCUGCUGCAGCUCUAGCCAACAUGCUUCUUGCUGCUGCUGUAGCUCUAGCCAACAUGCUUCUUACUGCUGCUGCAGCUCUAGCCAACAUGCUUCUUACUGCUGCUGCAGCUCUAGCCAACAUGCUUCUUGCUGCUGCUGUAGCUCUAGCCAACAUGCUUCUUGCUGCUGCUGCAGCUCUAGCCAACAUGCUUCAUGCUGCUGCUGCAGCUCUAGCCAACAUGCUUCUUGCUGCUGCUGCAGCUCUAGCCAACAUGCUUCUUGCUGCUGCUGCAGCUCUAGCCAACAUGCUUCCUGCUGCUGCUGCAGCUCUAGCCAACAUGCUUCUUGCUGCUACUGCAGCUCUAGCGAACAUGCUUCUUGCUGCUGCUGUAGCUCUAGCCAACAUGCUUCUUGCUGCUGCUGCAGCUCUAGCGAACAUGCUUCUUGCUGCUGCUGUAGCUCUAGCCAACAUGCUUCUUGCUGCUGCUGCAGCUCUAGCGAACAUGCUUCUUGCUGCUGCUGUAGCUCUAGCCAACAUGCUUCUUGCUGCUGCUGCAGCUCUAGCCAACAUGCUUCUUGCUGCUGCUGUAGCUCUAGCCAACAUGCUUCUUGCUGCUGCUGCAGCUCUAGCCAACAUGCUUCUUGCUGCUGCUGUAGCUCUAGCCAACAUGCUUCUUGCUGCUGCUGCAGCUCUAGCCAACAUGCUUCUUGCUGCUGCUGCAGCUCUAGCCAACAUGCUUCUUGGACCACCUCCUUCCUGACACACAACACACAGGCUUGACUCUCCCUUUCAGAUCUGGAGCACUUAGCAAGGAGGGGGAUGGUCUCGUCUGCUACAUAUGAUCCCUUUCUUCUAGCUGUGUUAAGAUUGUACUCCAUCCUCCUUCACAAGAUUUUGGAGCCAUCAGCACCUAAUGUGUCCUUAUUCUGAAGCUUUAUGGGUGAAUGAAAAAUACUAGCUGAUAGAACUAUAAGCAGUUGAAGAAGAUACAGCACAUUGUCGAUUUUUAUGAACGUUUUUAUUGUAGAUAAAAUAAUAUAAAUAUUUCUGUUGUUUUCUGUCCAAGCACACACUAAGAAGGGAAACAGGGUUUUGCACUACGCAGCACUGCAUAGGUCAGUGGGUUUUGCACAUUGACUCGAUCAAUAAGAGUUGGAGCGACCAGGCCAGAGUGCUGUGCUCUCUGCUGGGGCCUUUUUCUUGUCAGGGCGGAGAUGAUGAGCUUAGUGCACUGGAGCAGAUGUGAGCAUAAUCAUCAGUUCUACUCGCACCAGUUCAUGCCAAGUCGGGUUCACCCCAGAGAUAUAACAAUUACUGGUUUAACUAAUCCUAGAGCCCACACUUGGUUUGGUUUGGAUCAAAAUGUCAUAUGGGUGGAAUGGUUUUAAUGUACUGUAUAAUGAAUCUAAAAGGAUGCUUAAAAUGACUCUUCCUGAAGGUAUGCUGACUGCAGAUGUGAUAUUAACUUCUCCCAUUCUGAUUUCAAUCUUCCAUUUCUGUGCCAGUACCUGACUUUGAUAUGCCUUUAGAUAAAUAAAAGUUCAAGUUUUAUUUGUCACAUGCACCAGUACAGUGAAAUGCUGGAUAAAUAAUUUAUGAUAAAAAUAUUAAACAUACUGUACGGUACCUUUUACCCCAUACAUACCUAUCUACCUACCUAAUCCUCAUGUGUCAGGCUCUGCUGGUGGUGUUGACAAGGUCAUAGACCAUGCAUACACAAGUAAAAGCACAUAUCCAAAUUGAGAGAUUAGCUAUGCAAAUUAUUUUAAUGUGGCCCGUUCUAGGACGCCUCACUGCUCUUUAUGCAGUGUGAGGGGUCCCCCUAGUGGAUUUACCUUAACCAGUCAUUGCAGUGCAAGUGGUGGAAGUUCUGACAAAGUACUUGCACAUUUGUUUCUAUGGUACAACAGUAGUAAUGUAUAAAAUCUUAUGAUAGCUCACUUUCAUUCAUUGUAUGUUUGGUUGCAUUGAUUCACUAGCAUACUGGUAUCCAGGUUAUGAAAACAAUUACGAGCCAUUUUGAAUUAAACUACAAUCACUUAUCAUAUUUCCAUCUGAAUAUCAAAAACCUGCAUUUGAAUCACCUCAGGUACGGUAGCUCAUGCUAGACAGUGUAUACUGAGUAUCAUCUCUCCUCAACCGAAUAUAAUCUCUCCUCAACCGGACAGACAAGCGGACAUCCAUUGCUGACCCUGGCUGACCCUAGUGACUGUUAUGUAAUAUGUACAAAAAACAAACCAGUCUCAACACAUCUGAGUGGAGUAAUUGCAAUUGUGUUGAACUACUGUUAUCUUCUGUGUCCUGUCCCCUUGGCUGGUAGGGUGGACUGUGGAGUGACUACAUCAUAGUACUGUUAUGUUCUGUGUCCUGUCCCCUUGGCUGGUAGGGUGGACUGUGGAGUGACUACAUCAUAGUACUGUUAUGUUCUGUGUCCUGUCCCCUUGGCUGGUAGGGUGGACUGUGGAGUGACUACAUCAUAGUACUGUUAUGUUCUGUGUCCUGUUCCCUUGGCUGGUAGGGUGGACUGUGGAGUGACUACAUCAUAGUACUGUUAUGUUCUGUGUCCUGUCCCCUUGGCUGGUAGGGUGGACUGUGGAGUGACUACAUCAUAGUACUGUUAUGUUCUGUGUCCUGUCCCCUUGGCUGGUAGGGUGGACUGUGGAGUGACUACAUCAUAGUACUGUUAUGUUCUGUGUCCUGUCCCCUUGGCUGGUAGGGUGGACUGUGGAGUGACUACAUCAUAGUACUGUUAUCUUCUGUGUCCUGUCCCCUUGGCUGGUAGGGUGGACUGUGGAGUGACUACAUCAUAGUACUGUUAUGUUCUGUGUCCUGUCCCCUUGGCUAGUAGGGUGGACUGUGGAGGGACUACAUCAUAGUACUGUUAUGUUCUGUGUCCUGUCCCCUUGGCUGGUAGGGUGGACUGUGGAGGGACUACAUCAUAGUACUGUUAUUAAUAUUCAAAUACUGCUGUAGUCUUCUCAUUGCAUUCAUGUCAUUUUGUAUGUCAUCAUUCCCGUGUAGGAGAGAGAUCUAUAUUUUUUCCAGGGUUUCAUUUAGUAAGAACCACAACUAAAUACAUGAAUCAUGCUGUAUCGACUGUCUGAAUGGUAAUAAAAUUCCCAAAUUCUUCAAGA